GAAGAGCCAACUACAACCAUAAAACCUACAACACCGUGUUUAAUAACGUGUGACUGGUCAGAGUGGUAUGAUGUUUAUAAACCAGGAAAGGAUCAAAGUGACUGGGAAACAUAUGAGAACAUCAUAAAUAGUGGUAAACAAAUGUGUGAAAAUCCCACAGAAAUUGAUUGUAGAUCAACAGAUAAUCCUGGCAUAGGCUUCAAUGAUUUUGUGAGUCAAACUGGCCAGGUUGUUACUUGUGAUGUGGGAUAUGGUUUAAUAUGUAAAAAAGAGGAUCAGAUCAGACCUCCAUUUAAGUGUUUCAACUAUAAAAUCAGAGUAUGUUGUGAGGUAGAGAUAUGUCCAACCACAACCCCUUCAACUCCAUUGACAACACCUCCCACAACAACUGAAAAACCAACUACAACAUUUACAACCCCACCAACUGAACCUUCUACUACUACAACUAAAGAGCCAACCACAACCACAAAAUCUACAACCCCACCAACUGAACCUACUACUACUACAACUGAAGAGCCAACCACAACCACACAAUCUACAACCCCACCAACCGAACCUACUACUACUACAACCAAAGAGCCAACCACAACCACAAAAUCUACAACACCACCAACUGAACCUACUAGUACUACAACAAAAGAGCCAACCACAACCACAAAAUCUACAACCCCACCAACUGAACCUACUACUACCACAACCAAAGAGCCAACCACAACCACAAAAUCUACAACCCCACCAACCAAACCUACUACUACAACAACUGAAGAGCCAACCACAACCACAAAAUCUACAACCCCACCAACCAAACCUACUACUACAACAACAACGGAAGAGCCAACCUCAACCACAAAAUCUACAACCCCACCAACUGAACCUACUACUACUACAACCAAAGAGCCUACCACAACCACAAAAUCUACAACCCCACCUACUGAACCUACUACUACUACAACCAAAGAGCCAAUCACAACCACAAAAUUUACAACCCCACCAACUGAACCUACUACUACUACAACUGAAGAGCCAACCACAACCACACAAUCUACAACCCCACCAACCGAACCUACUACUACCACAACCAAAGAGCCAACCACAACCACAAAAUCUACAACCCCACCAACUGAACCUACUACUACUACAACUAAAGAGCCAACUACAACCACAAAAUCCACAACCCCACCAACUGAACCUACUACUACCCCAACUGAAGAGCCAACUACAACCACAAAAUCUACAACCCCACCAACUGAACCUACUACUACUACAACUGAAGAGCCAACCACAACAUCACAAUCUACAACCCCACCAACCAAACCUACUACUACAACAACUGAAGAGCCAACCACAACUACACAAUCUACAACCCCACCAACUGAACCUACUACUACAACAACCAAAGAGCCAACCACAACCACAAAAUCUACAACCCCACCAACUGAACCUACUACUACAACAACUGAAGAGCCAACCACAACUACGAAAUCUACAACCCCACCAACUGAACCUACUACUAUUACCUACUACUACAACAACCAAAGAGCCAACCACAACCACAGAAUCUACAACCCCACCAACUGA